AUGAUUGAAUUACAUGGAUUCAGCGAUGCGUCGGAACGUGCCUAUGGUGCAGCAAUCUACAUAAGUUCAAAACGUAGCCCAGGACAAUGGAAAUCAACAUUGUUAUGCUCUAAAUCUAGAGUAUAUCCGAUAAAAACCUUAACAAUACCCAGGCUAGAAUUAUGUGCGGCGUUACUACUAGCUCGACUAACUUCAAAGGUCAUCUCCGUUAUUCAAGUUGAGUUUCAUCAUGUGUACCUGUGGUCAGAAUCUAUGAUAACGUUGGCAUGGAUAAAAACUCCUCAUGAAAGACUUAAACCCCUUGUGUCCAACCGAGUUAAACUAAUCAACGAACUAUGCCCUGACUAA